AUGGCCGUCUCCGCGGGGCUGCGCGUCGCGCGCGUGUGCCUCAAAUCGUUCGCGACGUACCCGGUCGCGUGGAUCUGGCAUCUCUACGCGCUCGUCUGCCUCCCGAUCACGGUCACGCUCGCGCUCGCGCGAACGCUCGGCGGCGUCAAGGGCGAGGGCGUGGACGACGUCCUCGGAUCCUUCAUCCACUCGCGCGCGCCCGGGGACGACGACCGCAAGCUCUUGAUCGGUUUGCGCGAGAAACACAACGUCGCGGUCGCGGCGAUGAAGGACCAGCUCGGCGACAGCGAGUCGCGGUACAAGGCGGUGUACGAGAAGCUCCGCGAGAGCGAGCGGAUGCGACAGAAGCUGCAGCUGCGGCUGACGACGGCGCAGGAGGCGCUCGCGGCGGCGCGGGGGAAGACGAAUCAGAUCAACGGCCGCGGGGGCGCGCCGGAGUCGCCGUCGACGCCGCGCGGCGACGGGGGAUGGGACGACGUCAGUAACGGCGGCGGUAACGGCGGCGACACCGCGCCGCUGUACUUCACGACGUUGCUCUGCGUCGGCGCUCUGCUUUACUUUUACGACGUGCCGGACGUCCCGGCGUUUGACCGGAAACUCGCGAUGCUCGCGCCGGGGGCGUGGAUGUCCGUCAUCGGGCUGAAGCACCCGGCGCUGAAUAAGAUUUUGAUCUUAGGGAACCUCGUGUUCUUCGGGUAUCUGACGCACAUCAUCGUCGCGCACCGGAGGGAGGGGUCGCCGGGGGUAUCCUCGUCCGCGCUCGUGUGA